CACUUAACUAGCCAGACUCCAACUCCUGGAGGCUGUUUCUGUUUCCAGGCCUGAGCUACAAGACAAUUGAGUGGCUCGGUGCUCCUACAGUCACAUCUUACUGGUUAACUUCACCAAAUUAUGAGACUCAGAAAGGAACCAGAAGUCCUGCAAUAAGGAUAAUGUGUCUGGAGCUGGCAUCUGAGAAUUGCAAAGUGUUUCACCGGCAUUCACCAAGUCUCGUGAUUUGGGCAUAGCAGGACACACAGAGCAACAUGCCCCCCAAGAAGGACAUCCCAGUGAAACGGCCAGUAGCCCCACCUGCCAAACCAGUGGCUAAACCAGUUGCAGGAAAGCCAGGAGCCCUGGCAGCUAAAAGCAAAGCACCAGAAACAGCACCAGCACCACCAGCGGCACCAGAAAAGCCCAAGGAGCCUCCAAUUGACCUUUCCAAAGUAGUGAUUGAAUUCACCAAAGAGCAGUUAGAAGAUUACAAAGAAGCCUUUGGGCUCUUUGAUCGGGUUGGUGAUAGCAAAAUCCAGUUGAGCCAGUGCGGAGAUGUGAUGAGGGCCUUGGGCCAGAAUCCCACUAAUGCCGAGAUCAUGAAAGUCCUGGGACAUCCCAAGCCGGAUGAGCUGAAUUCUAGGCGGGUAGAGUUUGAAGAGUUCCUGCCCAUGUUGCAGACCGUUGCCAAGAACAAAGAUCAAGGCACCUAUGAAGACUACGUGGAAGGGCUCAGGGUCUUUGACAAAGAGGGCAAUGGCACCGUCAUGGGUGCAGAAUUGCGCCAUGUUCUUUCCACACUUGGUGAGAAAAUGACUGAAGAGGAAGUGGACACCCUAUUAGCUGGGCACGAAGAUGCCAAUGGCUGCAUUAAUUAUGAAGCCUUUGUCAAACACAUUAUGGCAAUCUGAGCUGAUGACAGUGAGUGCGGGCCUCAUUUCUGAGUGUAAUUAAUUUUGUGGAAUGAUGCCUUUUGCUUUCUUUCCGCUCGGCACAUAACAUUUCCUUCCCUGUAAGCUCUCUAGUAUUGAGACUUGAGCCGUCUUCUGAGGUAUUCAGUUUGUGUGUGAUACCUUGGAGCAAUCAUGGCUUUGUUGCUGCUGCAUGCUGUCUUCCAAAUGCAUCCAUCCACAGCAAAAUGGACACAACAUUUCCCACACACGACAGUGGACACCAGGUACACUCAUCCAUUUCUGUACACACACCCAUGCCCUUGCAGCCCUGAAUAAAUAUAUAUAAAUAUGGGAGACCACUAUUAUCAAGUGUAUGCACUCCAGGAUUCAAGUUUAUUGUUCUUGUUGUUUCUUGAUAUAAAAAUGAGUUCAUUAUAACUUGCUAGUGCCACAACGUUUGCAAAGAUUGGCAUUGCACAGCUGAGGAAACCAAGCUGGCUGAUCAAGAGUUUUCAUCAUCUCUCCAGAGCUCUUUUGUCUGAAGAGCUGCUUCUUGCUCCCCUGUUGUAACUCUUGCCAACCUUUGAUACAAACAGACAUGCUGGAGAAUCACACAUCUUCUCCCCAGAACUGCUGAAGGUGGGGUUGAACAGCUGUACACUUCAGGCAAGACUCCUCAUCCCAUCACGCCUCAGUAGAAUCAGUAUCCUUUUUUUCUAUCUUUGUAUAAACACUUUAUCCCAGUGUUGACUGCAAAGAAAACCUUAUUUUUACUGCAAUGUGGGAACAUCACUGAGUGAUCAUCUGUGGAACCAGAAGGGGUCCCCAACAAAUGAUACAACCUCUAUGAGAAAAAUAAAUUUGUGAAUCAUUUUGACUCUACAAA